UCUUCACUCUAACGCGCAAGGCUGUAUACUAAUACAAAUACCGCGAGCGCAAGCAGAUCGCCCACAAAUACAAUAGACAAAACUAUAGCAAGGAUGAACUGACGAUGGUCGCCAAAGUCAUUUUCCUUGACUUUACAGUGAAUAGCAAUCGUUUUUAUUAACGCUGGAGCACAACUAAAUAGGAUUCAUAUCCGCUUUAUAAUCUUAGACAUAUCAGGAUGAGAUACCACUCUUAUUUUUGGAUUGUAGUGAUUCUAUUUGGUUUAGCAGACUUUGCAAGUACUUAUCCAGUGGACGUGGAAGAUUUAGAAGAUGGCGACAUCCUCCUGGAGGACAAACGAUCUCUCGUUCCAACCGAUCCAAAUAUAGACUGGGCACGCGCGGAAUCCCUGCCUUUCAGCAGAGACAAUUUGAUGACAAUUGACCGACGGUCCAUUUACAGUUGGCAUCGACCCGGAAGACGACCGAGUUAUAUAAUCCCAUAUUACAGGAUCGGAGACGGUGUCAAUUAUCUAUAUGACGGCGGGGUACGGCCUUCAAGAGUCGGAAUAUCCUUGUCAAGAGUCGCCCCCUAUCGUCAGUUUCGACCUUGAUGGAUGAAAAAAUACGAUGCUUUGAUAAAAUUUUAAACAAUUCAUUGCUGAUUAAAUUUCACAAUCAUAAUAUUUUUGAUUGUCGUCACACUAUUUUGCAUUCCUUAUGAAUCAACGUAAAAUUGGUUUGGUAAUGGAUCUUCAAUAAAUGUGCGUUUUGAAA